GCCAUAAUUAAAAUCGAUUCAAGUUGGGCAUUCACUUAAAUGCGACAACGUACCUUUUAUAUAUUUUCUUCCUAUUUUAGGUAUUCUUCCUUUUACAGCGAUUGUUAGUUUAAGUGGUAAGCUUGAAGAUUGCCCUAUUUUAGUGCUGCAAUGAAUUAAUAAAAUCAAGUAUUACACGUCAAAAAAAAAAAAAUGCAGAGCCAGGGGGUUAGAGCAAGAGGAGCGGCGACAGGGGAGGCCAGCGGCACCAGACAGCGGCGGAGGCUCAAGCGUUGGAUUCCGGGGGUUGAUCAAAAGCUUUUAGGACAGAUAAAGACUUUCUUCUUCUACAAUUUUCCAGAAAAUUGUGAGGAGAAAGACUUAUGGUAUAGCUUUCAGAGAUAUGGAAAAGUGUUAGAUGUUUAUCUGCCAAAGAAACGAGACAAAUGGGGGAAAAGGUAUGGAUUUCUGCGUCUGUUAGGGGUACAGAAUGACAACCAGAUGGUAAGGAAACUUAAUGACAUCUGGUUUGGAUCAUACAAGCUGCGAGUGAAAAUAGCAGAGGAGCGAAGCAAUGGGAGAGUAAAGGAGGCAGAUUCAGGAGGCAGAAAACAAUACAGAGCAGACAGGUUGGUACAACCAGGACAGUCAUAUGCCCAGGUGGUGAAAGGGAAAGAACAGAAGCCUCAACAUCUGCUGAUUCGUGGAAGAACGAUGGAAAGGGACGAAAGGGACCUUAUUCAUCGGAAAAAGACACCAAUUCAGGCAAGACAACAAAAAAGGAAGGAGGAAGUGGCAUCUUGUGGCACAAUAAAUUUCAAAAAACGGACGGGGGAGAAUUCGGAUUUGGAAACACAAGAGGAAAUUAUGGAAUUUGUACCAGAGCAGAGUGAACUCCAAUGGCUUGAAGGGGGCAUGGUGGUUAUAGUCAAAUCUUUAACAAUAAUCAAUGAAAUUCAACAGAGAAUUGACGUAGAUGGUGGCCUGAUCACCCUAGCACCAUUAGGGGGCAGAAGGGUGUUGUUAACUGAAAAGGAACCGGGGUUCUUACUGGAAUUUAUGAAGCUCAAUGAAGAAGUGCUAGCUAUGUGGUUUGAAGACAUCCAAUCAUGGGAUAAGGAAGUACAGGAACGAAGUAGAAUGGUUUGGCUACGUAUCUCCGGUAUUCCUUUGAAAGCAUGGAGUGAUAGAUGCUUUAAGAUGAUUGGAGAAUCAGUCGGAGAGGUCAUCAAGAUCCAUGAAGAUACAAAGAUGAAGUCAAUUUUAUGUGAGGGAAGAAUGCUAGUUAUAUGCUCUGAAGAUCAUAAGAUUUCCAAAAGAAUUACACUAAAGGUGGAGAAAAAGCUGUAUGAGAUUCGGGUGGAAGAAGAAGAAUGGCGAUCCGACCCAGAUUGGUGGUUGACGGAUGAUGACCGGCGGGGUGAGUCACUAUCGGAGUCGGACCAGUCCUCGGAACAGUCUUUGGAGCAUUCUUUGGAGCAGACAGACGAGGAGGAUCAGGAUUGGAUAAACUUCGAAAUCUGCGACGAAGAGGACGUUAGCAUUGAUGAGGAGCAAUUAAUGAAGGAGGGUCACUGGAACUCAAAUUCAAAUUUCAAAAAUACAAAGGCAGAAAGGGAGAGCCGGCAUGCAGAUGAAGGAAAUAAGGGUAGAGAAGAUGUAGCUAGUGGGCCGACCAAAGACAUUGGGCCGAAGAAAACAAAAGAAAGUGGGCUGGGAGAAAUUGGACUGAAAGAUGCAAAUGGCCUGGGAAGGGAACCUAGUCACGGACAGAUGAUGAGAAAUAAAAAGAAAGAGUCUGAUGAGACAAAUGACGAGGGGAGUCUACCAACUCCAGAUCUGGAUCUAAAGGUAUUAGGGAGCAAACGAAGAAGAAAGCUGGAGGAAUGUUACCCAGAGAGCUUAGCGAAAAGCUGGGCAAAGAAGAUGCAGGAGCCAAAUACAAGAGCAAAUCAACGACACAAAGGGAGAGCAGAAUCUUCAAAGGGGGCAGCGAACAAGGUAAAUCUGGUCGGUAGUUGCUCAAUUUCUGAUGGUUGCAUUGAAAAUAGAAACAGGGAUCUUAGAAGAGAGUUAAUCUUACAUGAGGUGAGGAAGAUGAUGAGCGUAGGGAAGAGAUUGGGAUUCCAAACCCAAGAAAACGAAAAGGAAAUCCAGUCUCGGGGCUUGGGUAGUGUGUUGAAGAGGAAAGAGAUAGGAAAAUUGGUGAGAAAGGAACGGCCAGAUUUUCUAUUCCUGCAAGAGUCUAAAUUAGAAAGGGCGGAUGAUGAAUUAAGUAGAACAGUGUGGAAUUCGAGAGAGUGUGGCUGGGUAAUGAAGGAAUCGAUAGGAGCAUCAGGAGGCUUAAUGUGUUUUUGGAAUAAACAGAAUUUUGAGAAGACGGGAGAUCACACAGGCGAUGGGUAUCUGCGAAUAACAGGGGAGUGGGGAAUACAUAAGGUGAAGUGUAACCUAGUGAAUGUGUAUGGUCCAAAUGAGAGACAGAAACGACUCAAGCUAUGGGAUGAGCUAAGGAAUAUGAUCAUAGAAGAGGGAGGACGAUGGUUGAUUGCGGGAGACUUUAAUGCUGUAAGAUGUAUUGAGGAAAGAAGGGGAAGAACAGGGGAAAGCCCAGAUAUGAAGGAGUUCGAUGCGUUUAUUCUAUCAGCAGGCUUAAUAGAUAUCAAAAUGGUAAAUAGGCGCUUUACAUGGUACAAGCCAGAUGGUACAGCCAUGAGUAGACUGGAUAGAGUAUUGAUGAAUACAGAGAUGUGCAGAAUGGGUGGAGAUUGGGUGCAACAGGGCUUGAAACGGAACAUCUCGGAUCAUUGUGCAAUUGUGCUGAAAUCAAGAACAACUGACUGGGGACCAAAGCCAUUCCGAGUUUUGGAUGCGUGGUUACUCCAUCCAGAUUUUAAGAAGAUAAUUGAGGAGAAAUGGAAAACAAUGGAGGUAGAAGGGUUUGCAGGGUACAAAUGCAAACAGAAGUUAAAGGGGUUAAAAGAGUUUUUAAAGGGAUGGAACCGAGAUGUAUUUGGAGACAUGGAAGCUCAAUAUGAACAGGCUGUUAAACAGAUUGAGCAGGUUGAUAUGAAGAAUGAGGAGCUCGAUCUGGACGAAUUUGAGAUCCUGCAAAGACAAGAAGGAUUUCAGAAAAUGUGGGACAUAAUGAGGAAGAGAGAAAUGAUAUGGAAACAGAAGUCAAGAAGCAAUUGGGUACGUGUGGGAGAUGCAAACACGCGAUUCUUUCAUAGAGUCGCAAAUGGUAGAAAGGCCCAAAAUCAGAUUAUAGGCGUAAUGUGUGAUGGAAACUGGGUGGAAGAACCAACUCUGGUUAAGAAGGAAGCGAUGAAUUAUUUUAGCAAGCUAUUUCAAGAAGAUAAGUGGAGCAGACCAAAGCCUUAUGGAAUUAAUUUCAAGCAAAUUUCAACAGAGGAAAAUCAAUGGCUUGAACGACCAUUCUCCACCGAAGAAAUUGAGGAAGCGCUACGAAGUUGUGAAGGCUCAAAAGCUCCGGGCCCAGACGGGUACAACUUUACCUUCCUUAAAUUUGCAUGGAAUAAUUUAAAGGAAGAUUUUAUGAGCUUUUUUUCUGAAUUUAACCAGAAUGGUAAAUUGGUUAGUGGGCUGAAUUCAUCUUUCCUAACUUUAAUACCCAAGAAGUUUAAUUCUGUGGAAUUAAAGGAUUAUAGACCCAUUAGCUUAAUUGGUUGUGUGUACAAACUGUUAGCAAAGGUGUUGGCUAAUAGACUUAAAUCUGUGCUGCCGGGGAUUAUUAGUGAAAAUCAAUCUGCCUUUUUGGGAGGGCGUCAGUUAGUUGAUGGGGUUUUGGUGUUGAAUGAAGUGGUUGAGGAAGUAAAGAGAAAGAAACAGCAGGCUUUUGUUUUUAAAGCCGAUUUUGCGAAGGCAUAUGACUGUGUGAAUUGGUCAUUUUUGGACUGGAUGAUGGAUAGAAUGGGUUUCGGAAUCAAGUGGAGAAGCUGGAUCAUGGAAUGCUUAUCGACCUCUAGAAUUUCAGUUCUAAUUAAUGGCAGCCCGACGGAGGAGUUCAAGGUUGAAAAAGGAUUACGACAAGGCGAUCCGUUAUCUCCGUUUUUGUUCUUGAUGAUUGGAGAGGGGUUAAAUGGACUGGUGCAAAAAGCAGUAACAGAGGGGCUGUUUCGAGGUGUAGAAAUUGGCAGGAGGGGGUUAGAGAGCUCUUUACUUCAAUUCGCAGAUGACACAAUUAUUAUGGGAAAAGCUGACACAGAGAAUGUAUUUAUGGUGAAAACAAUACUGCGAUGGUUCGAACUGAUGUCUGGUUUACGAAUUAAUUUUAGUAAGAGCAGCAUUUAUGGAUACAAUGUGCCAGUAAGAUGGGUAGAAGGAUCAGCCGGCAUGCUACGUUGUGGUGUUGGGAAAUCUCCUUUCAUUUAUUUGGGAAUGCCCGUAGAUGGAAAUCCUGGGAGAAAGAAGUUAUGGGAGCCAUUGAUUAAUAAAUUUCGAGCCAAACUCGCUGUCUGGAAAGCUGCUUCGCUAUCCUUUGGUGGCCGCCUCACUCUGCUCAACUCGGUACUCUCUGCCUUACCUAUUUUUUAUAUGACAUUGUUUUUAAUUCCAAAUUCUGUGCUUGCUGAAUUGAUUAGUAUACAGAGAACCUUUUUAUGGGGAGGGGUGGAGUCACAAAAAAAGAUCUCUUGGGUGAAAUGGGAAUAUGUUUGCUGUAGUAAGCUAAAGGGAGGUUUGGGAGUGGUGGACUUACGUAGGAAAAAUUGGGCUCUUUUAGGAAAGUGGUGGUUUAGGUUUGGGGAUGGAGUAGAGAACUUAUGGAAACGGAUAGUUAAGGAGAAAUAUUAUGGGGGCAAGUGGGAGGAGGUGGACAUUACAGCAAUCGGGAACUUGAGGACGUCUAAAAUAUGGAGGGAUAUUAUUAGUAUAGGGGGGAGAUCCAUGAAGCUUAGAAAUAUGUUGGUGGAGGGGUUUAAGUGGGAAGUAGGGGAAGGGAAUCGAGUGAGCUUUUGGAAUGAACCAUGGGUAGGGAAUAAAUCUUUAAGGCUUGUAUACCCAAGAUUGUAUGAAUUGUCUACAAACAAGGAGUGUAAGAUUAGCGAUAUGGGGGUAUGGGAGGGAGACAAAUGGCGUUGGAAAAUGGAAUGGAGGAGAGAGAGAAUAGGGAGAGAAAAGGAUGAGGAGGAGAAGUUAAGGGAAGGAUUGGAGAGGAUUCAUUUAAAGAAGAGAGUGGAAGAUGGUUGGAGGUGGUUACAUGAUCCGGAGGGUAGAUAUGGGGUGAAGAAUGCUUAUGAUUUUUUAGCCCCAUCAGAGCGUGUUCUAGGUGAACAGUGGAUUAAGUUAAUUUGGUGUAAAUUAGUCCCCUCUAAAGUGUCCUUCUUUGGGUGGAGACUAUGCCUCGAUAGGCUUCCAACUAAGUGGAAUAUUAGGAAGCGAGGGGUACCUUUGCAGGAAGAAGAAUUAAAAUGUGUCUUGUGCAAGGACAAGGUGGAGGAAGUUAAUCACUUGUUUAGUAUGUGUAAGGAAGCAUGGAUUUUUUGGGUAGAGGUGCUGCAGUGGUGGGGCAUGGUGACUGUUAUGCCUAAUAACAUGUUAGGUGUGGCAGAUAUCUUUGUAAAUGAUUUGGGUAGGGUAAUAGGGAAGGAGUUGGGUGCGUGUAUCUUCCUUGUGGCUGCAUGGUAUUUAUGGUAUUGGAGAAAUGGUGAGGUGUUUAACAAUGGUAAUAGCACUCGAGGAAGAUUAAUGGAUAUGGUCCAAGCCAAAUCAUUCUUCUGGAUUAAGAAUAAGAUUUAUGGGUGUGUCUUUUCAUUCCAUGAAUGGAAGGUUGAACCAGUUGAAUGUGCUCUAUCAGUGAGAAAAUAUAAACAAAUACAGAAACUGUUCCAUAAACAGCAAAAAGGAACGGGUACAGCGUAAAGUUUGGAAAGGAACGUCGCUUUUCCCCUCAUUGAGAGGCAACAGUAAGAACAGUGGAUAUAUGCAUGAUGAAAUCGUUACCUUGAAUUUGUAUAGGGCCUUUUGAAUUGCUAAUUGCUCUGCAGCCUGUGAUGGAUGCUUUUAUUUUGUCAUUCUUUCAUGCUAGCAGAUGUUUUCUUUGUAAUUGGGCAGGAGUACCCCUUGUGCUCCAAUAUUAAUAAAUUCUUUUGGAUGAU